GUGCCAGAAGCAAUACAACCCACCAUUGACGCUCCCAAUUCCCAUCACCACCCCCCCCUCCCCCCCCCCGCUUUCCUCAAACCCUACCGCUCUCCUUCCCUCUCUGUCUGGACCAAAAAUGGCGGAAACUCAGUCUUCGCCGACGAACUCCGUUGCCGACGACGAGUACUAUGAGAAGAUCGAAGCCCCAAAGUUCGUCGACUUCAAAAGCCCUGACUAUCGGCGUCGCCCCAACGACCGCUACUGGUUCUGCUCGCGCGUCGGAUGUGACCAAAAGCAUGAAGAGGAAAUGGACCCUGAGGAGAUAUACAAAAAUUUUGUUCACAGGGUUAUGGCAGCAAGGAGUCCCAAUGUACGGCUUCAGAAAUUGCAAAAUAGGAAAUGCCCACUCUCGGCCCCUGCAAAACCAUCAAAGCCUAGAUUGGCACUGAUUUCUUCAAUUUCCCAUAAGAUAGCCACUGCAAAAUCAACACACUUUCCUAAAGCCAGUUCAACCCCAAAAGCUAAAGCCAUAGCAAAGCAAUCAGAUGGUGCUGCUAAGGCUUUGACUACUCCAAGGAACAAAAAGUGCCUCCCUAGUCCAGAUCCUUUCCGUAGUGUUCGGAACCCAAAAGCAAUAAAUGCUACUGGUGUGACUAAGAAUACAGUAGUGGCAAAGACCCUGGUAUUUCACUCUCCCAAGAAAGUUGUGAGGACUAAAGUUUCCCAAGAAUUGAAAGCCCCCAUAUCCAAGUUAUGUGAAGGGAUCAAGAGGCUUGAGAUAUCCAACCAAAACCAAAGCAAGUGUGUGUUGGGUUGUUCCAAAAAAAAGGCAACUUCAAGAGACAUCAAACGCAAUUACAGCAAGCCGUGGACUGUAGAGGCUUCAAGGAGAAAACGGGGUUCAUCUCAAAAGGUCAAAGCCAAUGCCUCAUCUAAAAAUUGCAAGAAAAAAGAAGCCAAAGACUUGCAGGGAUUCCAUGGUUCCGUUCCUUGUGAAACAGUUGGAAAUGAUUCCAGUGAUAUGGAGAUUGAUGAGAAAUCAAAAAAUGACUCUCUGGAAGUUCAGUUUCUAUCAAAUAACUCGAGGAGUAAUAAAGGUUAUGAACUGUGCCCAGGAACUGUGCAAGCAGGAAAUUGUAGAUCUAAAAACUGUAACCAAGAAAUCGGUGGUUCUACAUUAGAAAGGUUGCCAAUGAAUGAGAAUUCAGCAGCAGCAUUGUCAGCUUCUACCCCGAGGGCCAACACAAGUUCCCCUCCAGAGUCCCAGCAGGGGAAUCCAGAGGAUGAAGGCAAUCUGAAAUUGCAAACUUUUUGUGAAGAAAGUGAUAAGGGGGAGGAAGCAAGUGAAUGCAGAGGGAAAAUAGAGUUGUCUGGCAGGGAGGUUUCUAAAGGAGGAGUAGCUCAUGACAAAUCAACAAUUAAGAGUGGUGGCAAAGAAAAUGCUUCAGCAUAUCAUGACAAAUCAACAAUUAAGAGUGGUGGCAAAGAAAAUACUUCAGCAUCUGAUGAAGACAAUGACAUCCAAGUCAUGGAGAGUGAUGACAAAGAAAAUGCUUCAGCAUCUGAUGAUAAAGAAAAUGACACCCAAGUCAUGGAGAGUGAUGACAAAGAAAAUGCUUCAGCAUCUGAUGAUAAAGAAAAUGACGCCCAAGUCAUGGAGAAUGAUGACAAGGAAAAUGCAUCGACAACUGAUGAUGAUGAUAACAGGGACUCGAAUCUUAACUAUGAUGGUCAAUGUGGAAGAAAAGUUAUUGGGAGGCAGGAUAGUAGUGAAAACACCCAAAAGGUCCCUCGAAAGCCAGAUAGAGCAUUCAAAGGGAGCUUGACUUCUGCAGCCGCUGUUGCGAAGUAUAAAAAACCAAAACCAACACCAAAACCAAAACCAACCAACCCGAAGCCAUUCAGACUACGAACUGAUGAAAGAGGGAUUCUUAAGGAAGCAAACCUGGAGAGGAGACUUCAAAAUGUUGAACGCCUGAAAGAAACUGCAGCAGUUUCCAGGUUUCCGACUGCCAAUUCUCAAAGAAGACAAAGGAAGGAGCUCCCGCAACAAGACAGAACUGAUAACAAGACUACAGAAGUUGUGGACCCAAAAGCAGGUGGAACAACUCCGCAAAGACAGAUUUUGAAUUCAUGUGAGAAAACCGAGACGUCAAAAUCUUCUACAGAACAGCCUUUCAGGCCCAAAGGAGUCCCUCCAACCAGUAAGACUAGGGUUGCCAUUGUAACUCCACCCUGUCGACUUAGUGUAAUCAAGGAAAGCCCAUCAACAAUUCUAGGAUCCAAGAGCACAGAGAAGCAAAAUGAAUGUGGUGCGGCCCAAGAAGCCAAAGCUUCCACUUCUGCUCCCCCCAGGCCUUCUUCAUGUGGAAGAACAGCAGCAAUAACCAUCCCAAAGGGACCAAAGUUUCAGAGUGUCCGUGUGCCGAAGAGCUGCACGAGGAAAUUGGCUUAAGUGAUGUUUCUGUUAUUAACUUCGUGGGUCAAUCGUGUAUUUCUUCAUGUUCAAUUGCUGCAUUGAAUUUUUCUGCUUUCUUGAGUUAUCGCAUGUUGUAACAUUAAAAAACAAACAGGAUACCAAAAUGAUCCAAAUUUUCUUUGAAUAUGUUUUUUUUUUUUUUUUUUAUCCUUUUGAACUUCUGUCUGC